GGCCAUUACACACACCAAAACCCCCACAAAACCCCUUUUCUUCAUUUCUCGUACUUUCGCCGGGAAAUAAGUCCGGCGAAAAAUCCAUAACAUUUGCGUCACAUAAUUCGCAAACACCCAAAUCAGAGAAAAACCCUUUCAAAUUUGCAGCAAAUUAAAUACGAAGCAGCAAAUAUGAGCACUGUUGAUAAAAUGCUGAUUAAAGGAAUUCGGAGCUUCGACCCGGAAAACAAGCUCGUCAUCACUUUCUUCAAACCCUUAACCUUGAUUGUGGGUUCCAAUGGUGCAGGAAAAACUACUGUAAUUGAGUGCUUGAAGGUUGCAUGCACCGGGGAGUUGCCUCCGAAUGCUAGGUCGGGUCAGAGCUUCAUUCACGACCCCAAGGUAGCUGGGGAGACCGAGACAAAAGCACAAAUAAAGCUCCGGUUUAAGACAGCCGCGGGGAAAGAUGUUGUGUGUAUAAGGUCGUUUCAGUUAACCCAAAAGGCGUCUAAGAUGGAGUAUAAAGCUAUUGAGAGCGUGCUUCAGACUAUUAAUCCAAAUACCGGGGAGAAAGUUUGUCUCAGUUACAGAUGUGCUGAUAUGGAUCGAGAAAUUCCUGCACUGAUGGGCGUUUCUAAGGCUAUUCUGGAAAAUGUGAUAUUUGUGCACCAAGAUGAGGCUAAUUGGCCAUUACAAGACUCCUCCACUCUGAAGAAAAAAUUUGAUGAUAUUUUUUCUGCAACCCGAUACACAAAGGCAUUGGAGGUCAUUAAGAAGCUCCAUAAAGAGCAGGCCCAAGAAAUCAAGACAUACAAGCUGAAGUUAGAGCAUCUUCAAACGUUGAAAGAUUCUGCUUAUAAGCUCCGAGAAAGUAUUGCUCAAGAUCAGGAAAGAACAAAAUCCUUGAAAGUUCAAAUGCAGAAUUUGGAUAAGGAAAUUGAAGAGGUUAAUGCUAAGAUACAUCAUACUGAAACUAAGCUAAAAGAUGUGCGAAAGUUACAGGACCAGAUAACUGAAAAGAAUGCCACAAGAAGUGCUUCGUUCAAAGAGCAGGAACAAAGGUAUCUAGCUCUCAACGAAGAUAUUGAAGAGACUGAUGAAGAAUUGAAGGAGUGGAAGGAAAAGUUUGAUGAAAAAAUUUCUCAGCAAGACAAACUAAUCAGCAGACUGGCCAGAGAUGCAGAUGACUUGGAGAAAACAUGUAGUACCCUUGACAAAAAAAGCACCGAUUAUGUCAUAGAGAUUAGCAAACUUCAGAGUGCAGCAGAUGCUCAUGCUUCAUUGAAGAAUGACAGGGACUCCAUGAUCCAAGAGCUCUAUUCUCUGCAUAAUUUGGGAUCCCUUACAAAUGGUCCUUUCAGUGAUGAAACAGCCUUGAGUUGUACAAGUUCUUUAAAGCAGAGGGUACUUGAAUUGGAGAAAAAUUUACAGGAGCAGAAGAAAUCAAAUGAAACUGAAAUUAACGCAGCAUGGGUAUCCUAUACAAUAUCAGAUAACCACCAGAAGGAUCUUGAAGCUAGAAAGCGGGCCAACGCGGACGUUAAGAAAGGUAUUUUGAAACGCAUUCAGAAGGAAGAGAGUGAACGUGAGUUAUAUGAAACUCAGCUUUCUGGAGUUGAUCUUCCUCGCUUGGAUGAAAAAGAAAGGGGCAUGCGUCUUGAAUUGGAGAGGAAGACAACCCAAUUAGCUGAAAGGAAAUUUGAGGAAGUUUUAGCAGAAAACACAAAAGAAGUCUUCAACAUGAAAAAUAAGAUCAAAUCUCUGAAUCGAGAAAGAGAUAUCUUGGCUGAUGAUUCUGAGAAUAGAACAAAGUUGGCUAUGAAGAAAUUAGAGCUAGAAAAUCACAGGAAAAAGUUAAAAAAAAUAAUGGAUGAGCACAAGGAUAAGAUCAGAGGAGUGCUGAAAGGAAGACUCCCACCAGAGAAGGAUUUGAAAAGUGAAAUUGUUAAGGCUUUAAGCUCUACAACUAGCGAGCUUGAAGACCUUACCCCAAAGUCCCGUGCCGCUGAUAAGGAAGUUAGCAUGUUGCUGUUGAAGAUUCAAGAAGUCAACAGAAACUUAAAUAAAUUUCAAAAAGACAUGAAUUCUAGGAAGAGGUUCAUUGAAACAAAACUCCAAUCACUGGAUCAGCUGCCUUUUGGUAUUGAAUCUUAUCUUCAAGCCUUGAAUAAGGCCAAAGAGAAAAGAGAUGUUUUGAAAAGUAAAUGCGAUAUGGAAGUGGGUAUGCGCAAAAUGUUCGUUCCGUUUGAAUAUUCUGCUCGAACCAGUCAUGCUUGUCCUUGUUGUAAACGUCCCUUUUCAGCUGAAGAGGAGGAUGAAUUUGUGAAGAAGCAAAAAGACAGUAUGGCCACUACGGCAGACCGUAUGAAAGAGGUGGAAGCAGAUUCCGCGAGUGCUGAUUCCAUAUUUCAGCAGUUGGACAGCCUUCGAAUAAUGUAUGAAGAGUAUUCUAAAAUGGGGAAAGACAUACCUCAAGCACAGACGGAGUUGGAUAAAUUAAAUAAAGAGUUGGAUCAGAAGACGCAGGCACUUGAUGAUAUUUUAGGUGUAGUUGCCCAAGUUCAGGCUGACAAGAAUUCAAUUGAGGCCUUGGUAUCGCAUGUGGAGACAGCGGACAGACAUUUCCUAGAGAUCCAGACUAUACAACAUCAAGUGAAUGAGUUGGAGGACAUGCUUGAUUAUGGAGGGCUGGGUGUGCGUUCAAUGGAUGACAUUAAGUCAGAGCUCAAUGAUCUGCAGAACACUAUGGAUAAUUUGGAAACUGCUACUGCGAAUUUGAGAGAAGAAGAGAAUUACAUGAAGGCAGAUGUAAAUAGCACUAACGUACGGUUGUUCACGGUCAGGGAGGAGAAAAUAAAAGCUGCUGCUGUACUGGAAAAUCUUAAGAAAGUGGAGGAGGAUCUUGAACGUGACAUGGAGGAUAAAAGUCAAGUUGAGCUUGAGGAGAAGCAACUUACAGAGGCUAUUAGUCCUUUGACUAAGGAAACACAGAAACUGUUUCGUUAUCAUAGCGAUCUUAAAGAAAAACUUAAUGGUGAACUUGAGAAGCAUGCUGAGAUAUGGAGAAGGCAACAGCAGGAAGUUGACGACCUUCUCAAACUUAACUCCAAGAUAAACGAGUAUGAUGAGACUAAGAAAGAAGAGCGCUUAAAAGAGCUACAAGUCAGAAAGUCACAGUUAGAAUCUCAGCGUGAGAACUAUGGUCAGAGGAAGAAGAAAAUAUCUGAUGAAUUGGAAAGUGCACGGGAAAUCAAGAAGAACCAAGAGUUACUGAGACAUAAUAUUGAUGACAACAUAAUAUAUAGGGAGGCAAAAGCUAGAGUAGCUGAUCUGACUCGUGACCUUGAGUUGCUGGAGCAGAGACUAGUAGAGAUGGGUAGUUCUGAGAUAAUUGAGUCUGAGCUAUUUAAGUUAAACAAAGAAAGAGACAGGCUUCUGUCUGAGUUGAAUAGGUUUGGUGGAACAAAGUCUGUGUAUGAGAGCAACAUAUCAAAAAAUGAAAAGGAUCUCAAACAACCACAAUACAAGGAUAUAGACAAACGCUACUUUGACCAACUAAUCCAGCUCAAGACUACAGAAAUGGCAAACAAAGACCUUGACAGAUACUACAGUGCUCUAGACAAGGCACUUAUGCGUUUUCACACUAUGAAAAUGGAAGAAAUAAAUAGAAUUAUUCGUGAACUCUGGCAGCAGACAUACAGAGGUCAGGACAUUGAUUACAUAUACAUACAUUCCGAUUCUGAAGGUGCUGGAACUAGAUCUUACAGUUAUAAGGUGCUCAUGCAGACAGGUGAUGCAGAACUGGAAAUGCGAGGAAGGUGCAGUGCUGGCCAGAAGGUUCUUGCUUCACUUAUUAUAAGGUUGGCUUUGGCAGAAACCUUUUGCCUCCACUGUGGAAUCUUAGCACUUGAUGAGCCGACAACAAACUUAGAUGGCCCAAAUUCCGAGAGUUUGGCUGCUGCUCUCCUUAGAAUCAUGGAGGACAGAAAAGGCCAGGAAAAUUUUCAGCUAAUUGUCAUCACUCACGAUGAACGGUUUGCUCAACUUAUUGGUCAACGGCAGCAUGCAGAGAAAUAUUACCGUGUUUACAAAGAUGAACAUCAGCAUAGCAUAAUUUCUGCUCAGGAAAUCUUUGAUUGAAGUUCCUCAGGUGCUCUACUGGUCUCCGUCCUCAGUUGACCAUCCAUAUCGCUCAGUUUGGAUCAUGUUUGACUUUUGUACUAUCAUUCUGAGAGCAUAACAGAAUAUAUGGCGCGUGAAUGAUACUUUGAUAAGCUUAUGUUGUUGAAUACCAGUAUAUCACUAGGCUUCAUUUGUACAGAGUUUGUUACAUUAACACAGAACGUUGUCUUGUAAGAUCUGCCCGGUUUGGUUUUAAAUGUAUACAAUCGUCGAGCUGUUCCAUUA